AUGUCCCUCGCGCAGCUGUCGCAGCUGCUCCCUCUCCCGGAAGAGGACCUCCGGCAAGUCCUCGACUAUGCGGCGACCCUUUCCAAGCCCGAGGCUGCCGAGCAUUUCAACAACUUGCUUGGCGACUCGCCCCUCGCCGUCGACUUCAUUGCUUCCUUCAACUCUCAUCGAAAGGAGCCCGCGCCUCCGCCACCCGCAGCGAACAACUCUCGACCGGCAGAAACUCUCGAUGCCGUACCCAAGGCCAAGCGAGCGCCGAAAAAGAAGAAGCCAGCAAUCCACACCCCGGAGGCAAGAAGAGUCGAAGACUACGCCGGGCCGGCGAGCGUCGCAUACAGCAAGAAGGACCAGAUUCUAGACUACAUACCGCAGCGGGCGAGCGCCCCGAGCAGCAGCCAUGCCUCUCGGUCGGCGACGCCGCCCGCACCAGCGCCCGUUCAGCAACCCCCGAAGCAGCACGCCUCAUCCGCCGGAUUCCUCAUAUCCGACAUCCCAUCCAAGUCCAAAGCAAAGUCCAACCCCUCCUCACGGAGCUCCACACCAAAGCCGUCCAACACAAACAGCACCAAGGUUUCGAUCGCCGGAGGCACGCCGAUGGCGGGACAGUCCACAGCGCUGGCUGAUCUAGACGCUGCCAUCCGAGCCCUGGAGAUCACCACGAACCCGUCGCUGGAUAAUGGCAAGAGGAGAAAAUGCAACUGUGUCGCGACGAGGCACCCUCUGCAGAGCGCCGCUCCCAACUGCCUGUCAUGCGGCAAGGUCAUUUGCAUGAAGGAGGGCCUCGGACCGUGUUCCUUUUGCGGCUCACCUCUUCUGAAUCCGGAUGACGUCCAGGCCAUGAUCCGGGAACUCAAGGACGAGCGGGGGCGAGAACGGAUGGCGGUCAACGCCAGCGCCAACAGGCGAGCAGAGGUAUCCAAGAAACCAGCUCCCUUUAUGCAGCCGCGCGUAGGCGAUGCCGACGAUGGUUCUUCACUGGCCGACGCCGCGGCGAAGGCGCGCGAGCAUCGCGACAAGCUCCUCAACUUCCAGGCCCAAAACGCUCGAAGAACGACGGUCCGCGACGAGGCCGCCGACUUUGACGUGAGCGGCGCCGUGACGGGUCUGGGAAGCAUGUGGGCGAGCCCCGAGGAGCGGGCCAAGGAGCUGAAGCGCCAGCAGAAGCUCAUGCGGGAGAUGGAAUGGAACGCACAGCCGGACUACGAGAAGCGGAGGCAAGUGCUGAGCAUCGACCUCGUGGGCGGAAAGGUGGUGCGGAAGAUGGCGGCGAUUGAGCGGCCCGUGACGCCCGAAUCGGACGAGGACGAGGGUGUGCUUGGUGAGACGUCUGGGAAUGCAGCCAGCAACGGCUCUCGCACGGGAGGAGGUACUUUCAGUGCCAAUCCCCUUCUGGGCGCGCUGCUGAAGCCCGUCUACGAGAUCAAAGAGGGCAACGGCAAAGGGAAGGACACUGGGGAACCACAAAGCCGGCGAGACAGGAAGAAGGGAUGGCGCAGGGUACAGGAUGAUCUAGACGACAACGAGGACGUCAUUCUAGAUGGUGGUAUACAUGGCCAUGUUGGCGCUGCCGGCGACGAGCCAGAGUGUGGAUAG